AUGUCUGCCGAUGUCGCCCUGUUAGAGGCGGGACGCCAGGCCCAUGCCAGAGGGAAUGGUGACGCCGACAUUGGAGCUGUUCAGAAGGGCAUCCGCCCGCCUAGAAAGCACUGCUUUUGCAUUGACUGUCUUAUAAUGCAUUUAAAAACGUUGACCAUAAAAGGCUACAAGACAUAUCGUGACCGGACUAGCAUAGUCGACCUCCACGCUGGUGUUAACGUAUUCGUAGGCCUCAAUGGUAGCGGCAAGAGCAAUAUAUAUUCAGCGAUCCGCUUCGCCCUGGGAGGAGACAGAAUCGCUUCCGAGCAACACAGGAGAUCCUUGCUCCAUCAAAGUCAUGGACGGCAAGUGACUUCAGCUUACGUCGAGCUGAUACUUGAUAACAGUGAUGGUCGCAUACCUAUCGACAAGACAGAGGUUGCCUUGAGGAGGACAAUCACACUCAAAACCGACGUAUAUCACUGGGAUGGCAAGCAAGCUACGAAAAGCGAAGUAAACACCUGGUUGGAAGCUGCUGGUAUCAGCACUAAGAACAGAACGUAUUAUGUGGUAGAGCAGGGUGAGGUCACAUCACUGGCCCUGGUAUCGGAUGCCAAACGGCUCGAUCUGCUCAAGGAAGUCUCGGGGACACGGGUCUAUGAUCUGAGGCGAGCGGAGUCUUUGGCAGUGAUCGAGAAAACUAAUGAGAAGCGAAGACAAACUGCAGAGAUCAUUGAAGAGAUACGAGGGAAACUUGAACAACUCGAUUGUGAUCAGAAGGAUUUGCAGGACUAUAAAAAUAUUCUCAAUGAGAAGGCGGCACUUGAGGUUGUCAUCGCUGAUAGAGAGAGGCAGCACUACAAAGAUCGAAUAGAGAAAUUAGAGGCCGAGACCAAUUUGGAAAAGUUGUCUCGAGUCACCCCUGUGUUGUUGUAG